GGGUCCCGGCACGGCGCCGUCAUGGCGGGGGUGUUCGACAUCGACCUGGAGACAGAGGAGGGCAGCGACGGGGACGAGCCCGAGCUGGGCGCCGAGAUGGAGCUGGAGGCCCGGGGAAAUGGCCUGGAGCCGGUGGGACACUAUGAAGAGAUCGAGAUUUCCGAGAGCAGCGUCAACAAUGGCCCCGAGCACAUCGGCCCGCACUGCUUCGAGCUGCUCCGCGUCCUGGGCAAGGGUGGCUACGGCAAGGUGUUCCAGGUGCGCAAAGUGCAGGGCACCAACACGGGCAAGAUCUUUGCCAUGAAGGUCCUGAAGAAGGCCAAGAUCGCCUGCAACGCCAAGGACACGGCGCACACCCGGGCAGAGAGGAACAUCCUGGAGGCCGUCAAGCACCCCUUCAUUGUCGACCUCAUCUACGCCUUCCAGACCGGCGGCAAGCUCUACCUCAUCCUGGAGUGCCUCAGCGGUGGAGAGCUCUUCAUGCAGCUGGAGCGGGAAGGGAUCUUCCUGGAGGACACUGCCUGUUUCUACCUGAGCGAGAUCACGCUGGCACUGGGUCACCUGCAUUCCCAUGGGAUCAUCUACCGGGAUCUUAAGCCGGAGAAUAUCAUGCUCAACAGCCAAGGUCACAUCAAGCUGACGGACUUCGGGCUGUGCAAGGAGUCCAUCCACGACGGAGCCGUCACCCACACCUUCUGCGGCACCAUCGAGUACAUGGCCCCCGAGAUCCUGGUGCGGAGCGGGCACAACCGGGCGGUGGACUGGUGGAGCCUGGGCGCCCUGAUGUACGACAUGCUCACUGGAUCGCCACCGUUCACCGCCGAGAACCGCAAGAAGACCAUUGACAAGAUCCUCAAGGGGAAGCUGGUGCUGCCGCCCUACCUGACACCCGACGCUCGUGACCUCCUCAAGAAGUUCCUCAAGCGGAACCCCAGCCAGCGGGUUGGGGGGGGCCCCGGUGACGCGGCCGAUGUGCAGAAACAGCCUUUCUUCCGCCACAUCAACUGGGAGGACCUGCUGGCACGCAGGCUGGACCCCCCCUUCAAACCCUGCCUGCAGUCGGAGGAGGACGUGAGCCAGUUCGACACCCGCUUCACCCGCCAGACCCCCGUGGACAGCCCCGACGACGCUGCCAUCAGCGAGAGCGCCAACCAGGCCUUCCUGGGCUUCACCUACGUGGCCCCCUCCGUGCUGGAGAGCAUCAAGGAGGGGUUCUCCUUCCAGCCCAAGGUGCGCUCCCCUCGGCGCCUCAACAGCAGCCCCCGCACCCCCGUCAGCCCUGUGAAGUUCUCCCCCUUCGAGGCGUUCAAGCCGGUGGCCUCAGGCGACCCCAUGGAGCUGGGGCCCCCCCAGGCCCCCCCGCCCGAGGGCACGGCCCCCCUGCCCAUCAAACCCUCGGGGGGGGGCAAGAAGCAGAAGGGAGGCCGGGGGCGGGUGCCCAGGUAGGGGUGGGGAGGGUGG